AUGGAUGAUUUAACGCUUUCUGUCUCUGUUUCAGCGCCGAUCGCAGCCGGUACCGGUCCAAACUUCUCUUUGGCCGACCUGGACAGCUCCUCCUACUACAGCAUGAGUCCAGGAGCCAUGAGGAGACCGCUGCCCAGCACCUCCUCCUCCAGCUCUGCCAAGAGGAUAAAGUGUAUGGAGGAGGACGUGGACAGUCCGGGCGAGGAGUCGUACUACCCCAGCCAGGGCCGAUCUCCGGGCAGCGGCAGCCAGGCCAGCAGCUGGCACGACGUGGAGCCGGCUGGAUAUAAGCUCCGUGGCUCUCUAGCUAGCUCAUUCAUCUCCCGACAAGCGAGCCCCCAUGCUCCCCCCUCCAGCCUCCACUUCUCCUCCUCCCCCAUCCUGCAGCAGCCUGGCUCCUACUUCUCCCACCCGGCCAUCAGGUAUCACCCACAGGAGACGCUCAAGGAGUUCGUCCAGCUGGUCUGUCCUGACUCCGCCCAGCAGGCCGGACAGGUGGGCUUCCUCAACCCUAACGGAAGCUCCCAGGGAAAGGUCCACAAUCCUUUCCUGCCGACGCCCAUGCUGCCUCCCCCUCCGCCUCCCCCGAUGGCCCGUCCCGUCCCGCUGCCCGUCGACGCCAAGCCGCCCUCCACCUCCUCCGAGGGCGGAGGCAACUCCCCCACCUCGCCCACCUAUUCCACCCCCACUUCCUCUCCAGCCCAGCGGUUCGUCAGCGUCGGACCCAGAGACCCCGGCUUCAACAUCCCUCAGCAACCACAGUGGUACCUGGGAUAAGGACUCCAGAGGCCCCUCCCCCCUUCCACCCACCUGUACGGCCGAUUGCUGCAGCCUCCUCCUCGACCUUUGCCCUUUGACGCCAGCUGCGACAGAGUCUUUCUCGGCCCCCGACCCUCCAACCUCCUCCUCCAACCCUUUUGCGCCUGACUCCGCCCCCACCAGCGCCAAAAACACAGACUCGGCAGCAUCAGCAUGGCUACAGCGGAUUCAAACGCACCCUAUCCCCCCUGUUAUCAAACACCCCACUCUGUAAAAACUGUUCCUCAUAGACUUUCCCCGUAGACAUAUGCCUCAUAUGUCGAUCAUAUUUAGUGCCAGAACCAGAAUUUUUGGAUCACAGAGCUUCCCCCUCUGGAGAAACUACACACCCACGUGUCCAUUUUUCUCUGUAAUGAGUGCAUCAAGUGGACUUACAGCGGUACAAAUCCCUCCAUCCUCCACCAAUCACCCAACCCCUCCCAUCUCGGUGGAUCCCGAUGCUUUUGGGGUUGGAUUGGUUGGUGUUACAGGACGGGACGUGCCGCGUUUUUCGAGGGGGAGAUGGGAGGUGUAACCUGGCUCAGAUACCAGCAGCUCAUACCCCCAAAUCCCACCCUCCUCCCCCAACCACGUGAGCCCUCACACGCCUCCUAGGAUGGACUUCACUCCCCCCCAACCUACCCUACCCUUGACCUCGCCACCCUGGUCCGGGCGUGUCAGUACGGUAGGGAGGCUAGGAAGUCGACAAAAGCUCUUCCCAAGGACAUGGACCGGUGCUUAAUGGAAAGAGCUGAGCUGAUUGGCGAGUUGUUCGCGGGCGCAAACAGACAGCCCGUUUCGCCGUAAUAACAUGAACUGCAAGUGAAAUAAUCGGGGGUUAUGUUGGGGGAUUUUGUGCGUGAAGGUGGGGUUGUAAACGCGAGGGAAGCAGGGGUUUGUGUUUGUUGAUCUGACGUGAAAACGCUGGUGGAUCCAAGCUUGUUUAUCUGGGAGGCUUUUGGCAUCAUGGCUCAUUGGGUUUUUUUUUGUUCACCCUCUCUCUUUUAGCCGUCAUUUUCAGCUGGUUCCCCUUCCUUCUUCCUUCCUCUAUCCAUCCACCAGUCUGGGUGAAGCUACAGCAUGCUAACGGUGGGCAGAAAAGCUCCGAUGUCCGAUAACGCAGCAGGCAGACGGGAGAGAGACUCAAACUUAAACCAGUGGAAUAUCGAUCAUGAGGAAAGUGCAAUUUUGUUGGCUAGCUGUUGGAUAGUUAAGUAUCUUUGUAAGAUAGCUCUGAAAACAGUUGUUGAAAAGUAUAUAUAAAGUAUAUUUUUCUUCCUAGUCCGCUCACAACCUCUGGGACUCUAAAAUAUUGGGGGUACAAAAGACAACAACACAGCAUUGAAGUACGUAGAAAGAAAGCAUAGCCUUUGUGAGAAAUAAGGGGAGCUUGUAUUCACAUUUAUUGUUUCCUAUUUUUGUCGUUUGUUCAUCUUGUAAAGCUGUUAGCGUUAGCGUGGUACAACGAGAAUCCCUUUAAAGAAAUAUCAUUUUAAACAAUCAAGUUUUGAACACAUUUCUCGCAGCUGAA